GAUCGGAACAUCAUAACAACGCCUGGAAUUUGUUUGGCGUGAUGGAGUGACCGGGCGGUAAUAAGAGCGCCUUGUACUACUCCUCCUUGGUUGUUGGUGAAUUUCCUCAGCCUCAUUGGAUCGCUCCCCGAUCAGAGAAUAACAACCCUUGCGCAUGGGGAGUGAUGAACAACAUCCUUAUGUUAGGAUUUGAGUGAGCAUGUCUUGUCUGUGAAGGAAGCCUUGACAAUGUCUUAAGUGAGUGAGUGAGUGAGUGAGAGAGUAAUCCGUGGAUAUUAUCUGCCUGUAUUCUUGGAUAGAAAUACAAUGUGACCCGUGGAAGGUUAGUUUGUUCAACGUUCUAUGGGAGAGAAAGAACUUGGCAUUGCCGUUUGAGCCGAUAACGCUCUAACAGCGUAGACUAUGCUAACAGAGGUGAGCAGAAUGUUUGAAAAUUGAUCUCCAUGACAAAUUACUCUCUCGACGUUCAAAGUUCGGCCGUGGGUUUCAAUCGGUUGAUCAAUGACCAAGCAAUGUUUUUGGCAGAGGAUUCAGAAACAUGUGGGAGUUGGAAUAGUACCGUGUUAUUGUUGUUUUAAGCACGACCUUGAGUUUAUGUAUGUCGAUCAGCCGUGACAAUGGACCCGUUGCUCUCGGCCGUGAAGAGCGCAUUCACCUUCCAAGGCCAAAGCAAGACUUGCAUUGACAGUUGGACCUUCCAACUCUUCAACCUGGUGUCCAGUCCGUUAUUUUUUAUUGGUUCAAUCGUGGUCUCAUGUCGACAAUUCUUUGGCGAGCCCAUCCGAUGUGACCCUGGUGGGGCCAGCGAUGGGAUUCGACCCGAGGUCUUGGAUGGUUAUUGUUGGAUGUACGCCACCUUCAAAAUCCCCAUCGAAUACAAAGGUCCUUGUGCGAGUAGUGAGCAAGAGAUGCUCGAAGGGAUCAUCUACAAUUCAUAUUACCAAUGGGUGCCCAUUUACCUAUUCUUGCUCUCAGCCUUAUUCUACUUACCCCGGUGCCUUUGGUUGAUCAUGGAAGGGGGUCUCAUGAAGUUCUUUGGCAAAGGGACCACAACGCGUGUCAUUGAAGAUCCUGAAGAGAAACGAGACAAACUUGUUGAAUUCUUUCGGGCCAAUAUUCACAACAAAUACAACAUCUAUUACUUUGGGUUCAUGUUCUGUGAGCUCUUGAACGUUUUCGUGGUUUUGCUGGCGUUCUGGCUCACCGAUAAGUUCCUUAACCAUCGCUUUCUGGCCUACGGCUUCAAAGUGUAUGCGUUUUAUCGACUUCCGCCAGAAGAGCAAUCCAUUGGUCCGUUCAUUAAUCCCAUGUGCUACACAUUUCCAAGAAUUUCUUCCUGUAACUACUACAGAUACGGAACCGGAGGCAAGCAAGAAUCCAUUAAUGCCAUCUGUAUCUUGGCCUUGAACAUCAUCAAUGAUAAGGUCUUCCUGGUGAUUUGGUGGUGGUUUGUGUUUCUGCUUGGAGUAGGUGUUACCCGGAUCUUCUUCCGUUCCAUUCAAGUCAAUUCCGCUCGUCUCCGUUUUUACCUCAUGAAGAUUAGGAUGAGUCGCUUCUUCAAACGUAACGAGGACAUGGACAAGAUCCGAAGUUACAUCUGUAAUUGCAGUCGGGGAGAUUGGUUCGUUCUGUAUCAACUCAGUAAGAACCUUAAUCGGCCGUUCUUCAUGGAUUUCCUAAGCAAGUUAACCCGGAUGAUGGAAAUGGAAAAGAAGAACCCGAAUUGUAAAGGAUUGGACGAAGGAGACGGAUUCUUCGAUAUGAUGCUACAACCCAACCUCAGGGCUUACACGUCGGAUGAUAAGGAUGACAAAGACGACGACGAUGAUGAAGAGGAAGAAGACAAGGAUUGACCAUCGCCGACCGCUUCCCGUAAGAAAAAACGGACUGCCAAGGGAAGACGGUCAAUUGGUGGCGGUUCGGAUAUUGGGGAUGAAGGUUCCUACGCUACUCGUAAUACGGGUUGCUCGUCGCCAAAGAAUCUCAAACAAACAGAGAAAAUCGAGACUAGGGUUACAAUUAUGGAAAGGCGAAAAGCUUGGUUCCUCGGACAAGAGGAUUAAAAAUCAUGUUUCUUUAGAAUGUUCCAAUCUCAAUCUCAAUCUCACUUGUCUCCGUCAAUCAAUAUUACAUUACAUUCCCUCCAUCUCAUUCCAACCCUUGUUCUCGUGAGAUGUUUAUAUAGUCGUUUUGUCUGAAUUGAUCAGAUUCAUUUUUGGCCAAAUAUUCUGCUUUAACUUUUGCAAAGAAUAAAUAACAUACAUCAAACUGUUAA